AUGCCCACCUACCACCUCCCCACCCUCCCCUACCCCUACGACGCCUUAGAACCCCACUUCGACGAAGAAACCAUGCGGAUCCAUCACACCAAACACCACCAAACCUACAUCACCAACCUCAACAACUUGCUCUCCGACCAACCCACCUUGAACACCCUGUCCGUGGAAGAAGUAGUAGCCAAACUCUCCCACCUCCCCGCGGAAAAGCGAAAAGGCGUCCGGAACCACGGAGGCGGACACGCAAACCACUCUUUCUUCUGGCGGAACCUCACGCCCUCCAGCACCAACAGCACCUUAAGCGGCGAGCUGAAGGUCGCAAUCGAGUCCACGUUUGGCUCCGUAGACGCCUUCCAGCAGGUCUUCGAGAAAGCAGCCACGACGGUCUUUGGUUCAGGCUGGGCCUGGCUGAUCCUCUCACCGGAAGGAGAAUUACGGGUAGUGACGACAGCGAACCAGGACUCCCCGCUCAUGGGCGAGAGUAUAGCUGGCCCGGGAACGGAGGGGCGACCGAUCCUGGCGCUGGAUGUUUGGGAGCAUGCUUACUAUCUGAGGUACCGGAAUGUGCGGCCGGAUUACAUCAAGGCGUACUGGAGUGUGGUAUCUUGGGAUUUUGCUGCGGAGCAAUUUGCUUUGGCGAAGGGCCAGCUGGAGGCGGCGUUGUGA